AUGUCUUUGACAGUAAGUCUCAUUCCUUUCGGCAAGGCCUUGUCAUCUUCCGCGUCUUCUUCAAAGCACCGCGAGAGGGAGACAAUCUCAGAUUGUCAUCAAGCUCACCAGGAGCAAACCGAGCAGCAUCACACCACCGGCACCGCCUGUCCCGGUCCGUUCCCUCAUCCGGCGCAGCCCAUUGCACCCACUACGGACACCGCGAUCCACGCGGUGGUGACCACCCGGUUCCAGCACCAGACUUCCCGUGUCCCGGGUCCAUUCCCGCUCCCGGCCCAUGUGGUCAUACGCCCGGCCUCCCGCCAAGUUUAUGUGACCAGCACCCCAAAGCCACAGGGGCUGCCUCGCCCGUAA